GCCAACAAAACCGGGCAUACGAGACAACAAAACGACACCGCCGCCGUUUUCCGCUGCCUAUACUACCACUACUAGUAAAAGCUUAGUGGUGUUUUUUUAUAUACUUUGCACUGCUGCUCUCCUCAGUCCUCCGCCUCUGCACAAUCUGAAUUCUACUGCAUUUCGACAAAUUUAGAGUUUUUAUCAUGGAGCAGCGAUAGAGAAGUAUUUCAUGAGCCGUUGAUUAUCAAAUUCGGAGAAGCAGGUAACUGAAUUUCCUCAUUUUCGUUUCUUCUUUUUUUUUUCGUCUUUCCGGUGGGUUCUUCUGAGGUUAGGGUUUGUCAUCGUGGCUCACUUGGAAAAAUAAAAACUUGGUGGCACUGAUGGCAUGGAGACGGCGGUGAUGGGAAGUAAUGUUGGUGAUUGGGAUGAUGAUCAGCAGCAGCGUAGGUGUAAAAGGAAGAAUUCAACUGGCUGGAGCUGUAAAUUGAAGGCAAUGACCGGGCGAAGUCUUUGUGCGAAGCACUAUUCAGCCUAUCUCCGGCUCCGCUCAAGGUCAAAGCCUUUGCUACCGCAGCCCCCGAUUGUCGCCCCGGAAAAUCAAGAAACAGGCACUGCUGCUGCUGAACCUGAAAUUUCUGGUGUAAUGGUUUUUCGCCCUGGAAUUGAGAAUGUAGGUGAAAAGAGGAAAAUUGUAAGGCCACUGGGUUCCAAGGAUAAGAAGAAACGUAAGAAGAAGCAUCACAAGACCUCUGGGUUCCAAGGGCAGCAGCUCACAAUGGAUGCGACAGUUGAAGAAACUGUAGUUGAUAAUAGUAUGACGGGGUCAAAAAAGAGAGGUAGGCCAAAAGGCUCGAAAAAUAAGAAGAAACUUGAUCUUGAGAAAGUUGGUGGUUUGGAUGUUGAAGCCAUAGCAACUAAGGGGCCGGUGGACGUGGGUGUUGGAGAGAAUGUGAAUAAAAGUAGCGGUAUGGGGUCUAAGAAGAUAGGGAGGCCAAAAGGUUCGAAAAACAAGAAGAAACUUACUUUUCAAAAAAAUGGGGUUGUCUCGAAUGUUGAUAGUGGUGAAGUUGGAUUAACCCGGGGAGUGCGGUUAUCAACUGAUUUUACUUGCAGUACUAUAAAUGUUGAUGACUUUGUUGAUGAUAAUAAGGAGCAGAUUGGUGCAAGUGCCAAAAUUGAUGAGGUUGUAGAUCAAGUUGGUGGUUUGGUUGUUGAAGCCAUAGCAACUAAGGGGCAGGUGGACGUCGGUGUUGGAGAGAAUGUGAAUAAAAGUAGUGGUAUGGGGUCCAAGAAGGUAGGGAGGCCAAAAGGUUCGAAAAACAAGAAGAAACUUACUUUUCAAAAAAAUGGGGUUGUCUCGAAUGUUGAUAGUGGUGAAGUUGGAUUAACCCGGGGAGUGCAGUUAUCAACUGAUUUUACUUGCAGUACUAUAAAUGUUGAUGACUUUGUUUAUGAUAAUAAGGAGCAGAUUGGUGCAAGUGCCAAAAUUGAUGAGGUUGUAGGUCAAGUUCAGUUGGUUAAUGGACGUGGCGAAUCUGGAGAUGGAUUUUUCAAAAAGAAGGAUGGUCGAGGGAGGCCAAAAGGAUCCAAAAACAAGAAGAAACGCGGAGGGAGGCCAAAAGGAUCCAAAAAUACGAACGAUUGUCCAGGGAUGCCAAUAGGAUCCAAAAGCACCAAGAAUCAUCGAGGGAGGCCAAAGGGUAUGAAAAACAAGGAGGAGGAUGUAGCUGCUCAAGAAAUUGAGGAGGUACCAUUUUCGAGUGACGUUGGCUGCAAUGGUGGAAAUGAAGGUAGGCUCAUUGAGGAUAACAAACAUGCAAGGUUCAAAAAGGUUCAAAAAACAAGAAGUGGUGAGGGGUCUAAGAAGAUAGGGAGGCCAAAAGGUUCGAAAAACAAGAAGAAACUUACUUUUCAAAAGAAUGGGGUUGUCUCGAAUGUUGAUAGUGGUGAAGUUGGAUUAACCCAGGGAGUGCAGUUAUCAACUGAUUUUACUUGCAGCACUAUAAAUGUUGAUAACUUUGUUGAUGAUAAUAAGGAGCAGAUUGGUGCAAGUGCCAAAAUUGGUGAGGUUGUAGAUCAAGUUCAGUUGGUUAAUGGAUGUGGUGAAUCUGGAGAUGGAUUUUUCAAAAAGAAAGAUGGUCGAGGGAGGCCAAAAGGAUCCAAAAACAAGAAGAAACGCCAAGGGAGGCCAAAAGGAUCCCAAAAUACGAAGGAUUGUCCAGGGAUGCCAAUAGGAUCCAAAAGCACCAAGAAUCGUCGAGGGAGGCCAAAGGGUAUGAAAAACAAGGAGGAGGAUGUAGCUGCUCAAGAAAUUGAGGAGGUACCAUUUUCGAGUGACGUUGGCUGCAAUGGUGGAAAUGAAGGUAGGCUGAUUGAGGAUAACAAGCACGCAACUGUUGCAAUUGCUGAACUUGGAGGAGUGGUUGGUGAAGUUUCUUUAGGCAACGAAUGUGCAGAUUCUGUUCUAGCGAAGGAUGGCCAGGGCCAGGGCGUAGUCAAGGCUUCAAAAUUUAAGCAGAAAACUGUGGUGGCUGAUGAUGAUCAUGCAAGUCCUGUUGACGUUACUGAAACUAAUGAUGCUGUAGGAAAUGAUAUUCCUAUGUGGAGGGAUGGGCGAGAUCGGCUAAAGAGUUCCAAAAGUAAGAAAAGAUCAGAACUUGGUGUAACAAAGCACAUUGGCAUGCUAAAAGGUUCAAAACAUAAGAAGAAAAUGUUACUUGUGACUAUUGGAGAAGAGGCAACUGUGUAUCAUAAGCUCACAGAGAAAAAAAAUAUCCUUGAAGCAGUAGAACAUCAGAGUGAAAAUGUGGGUGUUAGUGGAAAGAUGAAUGAAGUCAAAUGGAAGAAUGGGCGACGAAAGCAUAAAGGAUUUAAGAAAAUACCACUUCCGCCUGAUGCUGAUGGUGUCUUCACUUGUACAGAUGGUAAGGACAGAGAUUUUGCUGGAAGCAAGGGGUCUGAGGAAUUUUUUACAUAUGUUGGUGGGUUCCAUGAUAGGCCCAAGGAAAGACCAAGAAAAUUCGUGAACAAAUCUUUGAGAUGUGCAAUUAUGGGACAAAAAAGUGUAAUAUCAGCAUCCGGAAUGGCAGAUGCCACCAGUUGCAAAGGUCAGCGAAGCUUAACGUGUCAUCAGUGCAAAAGCAAUGAUAAAAUUGGCAUUGUCUUCUGUUCAAAGUGCAAAAAGAAACGCUACUGCUAUGAUUGCAUUGGAAAGUGGUAUCCUGAGAGAACGAGAAAGGACGUUGAAGAUUCAUGCCCUUUUUGUUAUGGUAUUUGCAAUUGCAUGGCUUGUCUUCAAGCAAAUGUUGCCACAAAGGCUUGCCAUAAAGAAACACAUGAAAAUGCCAGAUUGGAAACGACUCUUUAUCUUCUUGCCAACAUCCUGCCUCUUCUCAGGAAUAUUCAAAGAGAGCAGAGGUCUGAGCUUGAUUUUGAAGCAAGAAUACUUGGUGCUCGAUUGCCAGAAGAAGAUAUAACCAAAUCAGUGCUUGAAGUAGAUGACCGAGUCUACUGUGACAACUGCAAUACAUCCAUCGUCAAUUUCCAUAGAGGCUGCCCCAAUCCUGGUUGUUCUUAUGAGAUAUGUCUCAAUUGUUGUCGGGAACUCAGAGAUGGUGACAAAUGGGCCUACAAAAAGGGCAGUGGACAGGCUGGUUUCCUUCAAGAGUUACCUGAAUGGACAGUAAAACCUGAUGGUAGCAUACUGUGUCCUCCAAAAGAGCGAGGUGGUUGUGGUUCUGGACUUCUUGAAUUAAGACAGAUUUUUGACGCUAAUGUUGUAGAUGAACUGAUUAGGAGUGCAGAGGAGAUUACUUCAAAGUACCAAUUACGAGAUGUAGAUUUUUCACAGGAAUGUGCUUUGUGCUGUCCUACUUUUUCUGUAUCGGAUGGAAAUAAUCAUUUGAAAAAAAGGCAGGCAGCAUGCAGGACUAACAGUGAUGAUAAUUUUCUUUACUGCCCUAAUGCUGUUGAUUUAGGAGACAGUGAUUUUGAGCAUUUCCAAAUGCACUGGAGAAAAGGUGAACCUGUUAUUGUUACAAAUGUACUAGCAAAAGCCUCUGGCCUUAGUUGGGAGCCUAUGGUGAUGUGGAGGGCAUUUAGAGGUGCAAGGGAAAAAUUAAAAGAGAAAUCUUUCUGUGUCAAGGCGAUUGAUUGCUUGGACUGGUGUGAGGUUGAGAUAAAUAUCCACCAGUUCUUCAGGGGCUACCUAGAGGGACGCAGGCAUUACAAUGGGUGGCCAGAAAUUCUGAAGUUGAAGGAUUGGCCGCCUACAAAUUCCUUUGAAGAAUGCUUGCCCAGACAUGGUGCUGAGUUUGUGGCUAUGCUUCCCUUUAGUGAAUACACCCAUCCUAGAUUUGCUUCCUUGAAUCUUGCCACAAAGCUUCCGGAUGGUGCUUCGAAGCCAGACUUAGGACCUAAAACUUACAUUGCUUACGGAUAUCCUGAGGAGCUUGGUAGAGGCGAUUCUGUCUCAAAACUUCAUUGUGACAUUUCUGAUGCGGUAAAUAUAUUGACACACACAACUGAGGUGAAAAUUGCUCCUUGGCAAUGUGAAAUGAUCAAUAAGUUGCGGAAGGUAUACGAUGACGAGGAUAAAAAUCAGCUACAUCAGGAUAUAGAUGAGGGACAGGGCGCACCUGAAACAAAGCUAGUGCAGCAGCUGUUCAAGCCUGAAGUUCGGGACACUAAAUGUGGUGAUGUACAAUGCAAAGGGCCCUCAUCUAACUCGAUGCUUUUGGGAACUGCAAAAUCACAUAAUCCGCUGUUGAUUCCCAAGUGUUCUACUGAAGUUCCAAACAUGUUUAGAACUUCUGAGCAGGCUGAGGCAUCAAGUAGAGUUCCACCUGUGGUGAAUCAGAAUAAUGGCCUUGACCAUCAGAUGAUAGAGGAAACCAGCUCCACACCAAUUAAUGGCUGUAAUGAAACUAACUCUUUUUCUGGUCUUCUAGUUGGCAUGACAAAUGAUAUGGUAGUAAAGGAUGUUAGAAGUACAGAUUCCGCAAAUUGGAAAACUGAAAUCGGAGAUGUUCCUAAUAACAGAUGCCUUGAUGUUGUAGAGAAUAAUUCUAUGCCCACUGGGCCAAACAUGAGCAUCAGUAACAAACUACUGACAAAUGCAAGCGCACCUGUAUCAGAAAACCAUCCACUAAGAAACGAAAAUGCCUCCAUGGCUACACAUGGGGGUGCUGUUUGGGAUAUCUUCCGUAGAGAGGAUGUGCCUAAGUUGGCCAAGUACUUACAGAAGCACUGGAAAGAAUUCCGACACAUCAAUAAUGCUCCUGUGAACUCUGUUGUUCAUCCUAUUCAUGAUCAGACAUUUUAUCUGAAUGAGAGGCACAAAGAGCAAUUGAAGCAGGAGUUCAAUAUUGAACCAUGGACAUUUGAGCAAUAUGUUGGGGAGGCUGUUUUCAUUCCUGCAGGGUGCCCACAUCAAGUGAGAAAUAGACAGUCUUGCAUCAAAGUAGCUGUUGACUUUGUAUCUCCUGAAAAUGUUCAAGAAUGCAUGAAAUUGGCUGAGGAGUUCCGGCUGCUACCUAAAUCCCAUAGAUCUAAGCAAGAUAUCUUAGAGGUGAAGAAACUGGCUCUCCAUGCUGCAAGGCUUGCUGUUGAUGAAGCGAGAAAUCUAAUGAUGAGUCUUCCGUAUGAUUCAACCCUGGUUUAUUUUCCAUCUGCUAGUUGCAAGUUGAUAUCCAUUUUAGUCAUUCAUGAAUCACAAGCUCGUCAUUCAACUGACGGACCAUGGUAAAAUUCAUAGCAGCCUGGUGUUGUAGAUGGCUCAAGUUGACAAAGAGAAAUUGGCCAAUGCCUUGUAACUGUGAACUAUGGAAGACUGCUGCGUGUUUUGGCUUUCUAAGUACUUAAAUCUUUGAUUGUCUUAGGAUUCAUGUUGGUAGACUUUCUAACCAAUGCCUCUUGUUUUUGUUGCCGUUAGAAGAGAUGAUGUUGUACAUCGUUUAGUUCAGUGACUUCUACAUCGAUCUA